AUAUAUACAUAUAAACACACAUACAAUAUGGUAGAGGAUCAUAGCAGGAGGGUUAAUAAUACAGUGGUGUUGAGAGAGUUCGACCCGAGCAAGGACUGUGAAGUGGUGGAAGAUGUCGAGAGGAGAUGUGAGGUGGGUCCCGGCGGCGAGCUCUCCCUCUUCACCGACCUCCUCGGCGACCCAAUUUGCAGAGUUCGUAACUCUCCUGCUUAUCUCAUGUUGGUGGCUGAGCUGGUGGGGGAGGAAGAAGAGGAGAAAGAGGUAGUGGGAAUGAUUAGGGGUUGCAUCAAAACCGUUACAUGUGGCAAGAAGCUCUCCAGAAAUGGCAAAAACGUUACCCGUCACAACAAAAACGACGACGUACUCGACGACACCCUCAAGCCCCUCCCGGUUUACACCAAGCUCGCUUACAUAUUAGGCCUCCGCGUCUCUCCUUCUCACAGGAGGAUGGGAAUAGGGUUAAAGCUGGUGCACAGAGUGGAGGAGUGGUUCAGAGAAAACGGAGCUGAAUAUUCGUACAUGGCCACAGAUAACGACAACAAAGCUUCCAUAAACCUCUUCACCGACAAAUGCGGCUACUCCAAGUUCCGUACGCCCGCUAUCCUCGUCAAUCCGGUCUUCGCCCACCGGGUCAAGCUCUCCUCCCGCGUCGACGUCAUCAAGCUCUCCCCCUCAGACGCCGAGUCCCUCUACCGCCGCCGAUUCGCCACCACUGAGUUCUUCCCCCGCGACAUUGACGCCGUCCUCAACAACCGCCUCUCCCUCGGUACCUUCCUCGCCGUGCCACGUGCCACCUUCAACGCCGGAACCUGGCCGGGGUCGGAUCAGUUCCUGGCCGAUCCGCCCGAGUCCUGGGCCGUCCUCAGCAUCUGGAACUGCAAGGACAUCUACACUCUCGAGGUCCGCGGUGCGUCGCGCGUGAAGCGGACCCUCGCGAAGACGACCAGGAUCAUGGAUCGGGCCCUACCAUGGCUGCGGCUGCCGUCGGUGCCGGAGCUGUUCAGGCCGUUCGGGUUCCACUUCCUGUACGGGCUCGGAGGGUCCGGCCCACGCGCGGAGAAGUUCCUGAAGGCACUCUGCGGCCACGCGCACAACCUGGCGAAGGAGCGCGGGUGCGGGGUGGUGGCGACGGAGGUGUCGAGCCGCGAGCCGCUGAGGUUAGGAAUUCCUCACUGGAAGAGGCUAUCGUGCGACGAGGACUUAUGGUGCAUCAAGCGGCUCGGGGAAGACUACAGUGACGGCUCUGUCGGUGACUGGACCAAAUCGGCACCUGGGAUGUCCAUUUUUGUCGACCCCAGAGAGGUCUAAUAACGUAAAGAAUCCAAAUUAGCUUUUUUUUUUUAAUUUUU